AUGCAGCCGUUGUCCUUGACUCGCCAGGCGCAACCGCCAAAGACUGACGAGCGACACACCGAAGAGGACUUUGUGCCACGCAGGGUGGCAGUGCUUCAUCUGCAGCCUGCACCAGCGGAGCCCAGAGAGCGUCAAAAUCGUCAUGUUUCGUGGAUGAGGGGUAUACAAGAACAUACUAACCAGCGCGUAAGCAAAAGUUGCUGCAUCUUUCAUAAGAAGAAACUUUUUGGGGAGAGCAGUAGCGAUGAGAGCACCAGUGAGAGUAGUAGCGUAACUACUGAUGGCGAUCAUCCCGCUUGCGGGCACAGUGAUGAUCACCACCACAGGAAGCGUCCUUCCUGUACAAAAGAUCAUUGCUUCUGCGGGACGAGGUUUCAUUGA